AUGUGGAACAGGAAAAAAUCGAGAAAAAAACAAGAGGCUCACUUCCAGGAAGAGGAGGGGGACCAACAGCAGCUCGUCGACUUCGAGCCCGAAGGGGAGGACGAAGACCAACACGUCCUAGCGUCCCCCACCGGCCCGUCGUCGCCGUCUCCAUCGUCGUCGUCGUCCUCUUUGUCGGAAGACGAAGGGAAUCGGUCGCACCGUUCAUCGGAUGAUGAUGAUGGUGUUGAUCGAUUGUCGUUCUUGCAGUUGCUGGAGGCAACGUGCAGGGAGGAGGUGAAGGCUUACCUCCGAGCGUUGCGGCACAGGCGGACUCCUCCGGAGCUGUCGCCAGCUACCAUCGCGUGGCAGCAGCGUCUCCUGACGGAGUCGGUGCCCGCCUCAUCGUCUGUCGCAACAGCGUCAGAUACGUUGUCUCGUGGAGCCUCGUCUCGUGGAACGAGUGCAACUAACUGCACCGACAUCGGCGCGUCCUGAGCAGACGGUGACUUUCAGGAAGUCACCCACGGCACGUCCGCCGACACAACACCGAGGAACGCUCGCAGCUCGUGGCCGAGGUUCGGGUAGAGGGGGUGGUCAGCGUCGGCCGUCGUUCGAUCCGUGCACCCACCCCUCCUGUCGGUCGCACAAGACUCACCCGAUCGAGCGCUGCUGGGUGAGGAUCGCGGAGGAAGAAGAGCGUCAGGUUCGUUCCGCAUCGAAGCGGUCCCGUAAAGAUCGUCGGCGAAAGCAGAAGGACGAUUCGUCGGACUCCGAAUAGGGGUGCCCAGGUGUUGUGCCCGCAAUACUUGGGAAGAAAUCUGCUGCUGCCGUAGUAGUUUGCAGAAGGGGCGUGAAAAGAUCUUUUGAUCAUUUUGCGUCACUUGCGCGUUCGUCUAUGUCGUUACUCCGAGUUAUAGAUCGUGUCCAAGAGUGCAAAUCGACUUGUAAAUAAGGCAUAUGCGUCCCCCGUCGUAGAACAACCACAUAGAAGGUUGGAGCGUUCAGUGAACGCAAACGAUUUAGACGUGGUUGAUAGAGAGUCCCCUGUGGCAUCGCGUGACCGUCAGAGUGCCAAGAAAACAAGGGCCGACAGGAUUGUUGCCGUACCGAAAAAAAUAUCGGAGCGUAAGAAGAGGAAGAGGAAGUCGGAUGGAAUUAAACAACGUGUUUCGUGGUACAGCUCAGCGCUGGCGCGAAAAAAACC